AUUCACUUCUGUUUCUCAGUCCGUGAACAUAUCAACUACACUAUGCCACCCAAGGCUAGCGGCAAAGCUGUUAAGAAGGCUGGUAAAGCCCAGAAGAAUAUUACGAAGAGCGACAAGAAGAAGAAGCGUAAGAGGAAGGAGAGCUACGCUAUCUACAUCUACAAAGUCUUGAAACAAGUUCAUCCCGACACUGGAGUUUCAAGCAAAGCUAUGAGUAUCAUGAACUCAUUUGUGAACGACAUUUUCGAAAGAAUUGCCGCUGAAGCCUCACGAUUGGCUCACUACAACAAGCGCUCUACUAUAACCUCUCGGGAGAUCCAAACUGCUGUACGACUUCUCCUUCCUGGUGAGCUGGCAAAGCACGCUGUUUCUGAAGGUACCAAGGCUGUCACCAAGUAUACCAGCUCGAAGUAAAGAAAUCUACGAAAGCAAAUCGGCCCUUUUCAGGGCCACAAAAUUUUUAUAACGUUGAUGAUUUACUUCGUUGAAAUGCAUUAUUUAACCAAGUUUUUAAAAAUAAUUUUAAUGUGUUGUGGCAGUGAUUUUAAAUCUUCCGUCUGCUAAAAACCGAUUGCUAUUUAUUAGAGUGAAUUUUCUAUUAUGUUGCUUCGUUAGAACCACAUAUGGUCAGUGAGUAAAAUGGAAAAAAAACAGAAACGAAUCUGAAAGGAGUAUGUUUGUUCGGAUAACUGACGAUUUCCAAUAGAAGUCCACCUAAACAGCCGCUAAGAAUUCAGCGGGGUGCUGCGCUGUCCGUUCAUGGAUAACAAUAAAUUUCAAUAUUUUGGUAAUAACGUUUCAUUGAUAUGUUUGAGAGUGAAUUGAUAUAAUUGAGAGAAUUCGAAAGUUAGUUACAAUUUUAUUUGACGAAGAAAUUGACAAUGAUUAUUGAACAUUAUGUUGAAAUUUUGUUUGAUGGAAAUCCAACGACAAGCAUGAAUCGGUUUGAGGUUAUGUACGUUUGCGUAAUGUUAAGGUUCAAAAUGCGUCUUACGAUUGGGACCCUUUAUGAUGAAAGAUGAUGAAUUUUGUAAUAUUAAAUACUUUAGAAGUUAUAUUUAGUUUUGUAAAUUUUUGAGUUUUCAUCAUAACAUGAUACAUUUCACAUAAUCAUAAUUAAAAAAUUAAAUUUUGUAUUUUCCAGUAAAAUGAGUUAAAAUAUCUGCAACUUUACUUUUUAAUAAA